GUUGUGUCUCUUCGAUUUGCAAGACAUUAGAGAAGCAAAACUGUAUAAUUCACAAUUGUACAUACAUUCAUAAAUUGGAAUAUGUAUAUACAAAUUUUCAAAGAUGCCCAGAAAUGAAAGAUACCUAUCAGAAGACGAGAAAGGUAAUCAUGGCAAAAAAUUCAUUGUCAGAACAAUUCUCCUUGAGAUGGAACAAUUUUUCUAGCAACUUGACAUCUGGCUUUUUGACUCAUCUUACUGAAAAUGAUUUAGUUGAUGUCACCUUGGCUGUGGAGGGUCAGCUGUUGCAGGCACAUAAACUUGUCUUGUCAGUGUGUAGUCCGUACUUUAAAAAUAUAUUUAAGGAAAACCCUUGUCAACAUCCAGUAAUUAUAUUGAAAGACAUAAAAUACACCGAAAUUGAAUCAUUGUUAAAGUUCAUGUACCAAGGUGAAAUAAACAUAAAGCAGGAAGAUUUGUCCACAUUUUUAAAAGUGGCACAGACACUGCAAAUUAGGGGACUUGCAACAGAUGAUGCAAGUACCACGAAAUUAUUUUCUAACUGCGACAAUCAACAAAGCACUGAUUCAGACACACAAAAUGUUGCUCAAACGUAUUUAAGUACUGUAAGAAAAACUUCUAAAGAUGUAGAGAUGAUGGAUAGAAGAAAGAGAUCUCGUGAUAUCACAAAAAGGAGUGCCAAAAAGAAAAGACAAGAUACUUUAGCUCUUUCAGAAAGUACUCGUGAUUUGUCAAAUGAGGAGGCAGAUGGUGAUGACCAGGAAGUUUUACUAUUAAUGGAAAAAGAUAUGGAUGAAUCCAAGGAAGGUAUUUCUAUUGCAGAGGAUAAUAAUAAGACAGAGAACUUGUUUGAACAGAGUAAUGCACAAACUUCAAGUGGGAAUCCUGCACAACAAGCUGAUGAACCAGUAAUUUACAGGCUGUCUGCGCGGGGUCGACCGCAAUUAGUGCACGAGGGCUACGUCUAUAAUUUAACAUCUCGUUCAGAAGGUUUAAAUAGAUCUCAUUAUCGAUGCGCGGAACAGCAUCGCGGAUGUAAAGGUAAAUGUGCGGUGAUUGCGGAACGGUUUAUGCCAACAGGUGUACAUAAUCAUAAUCAUCCACCUGGAUAUCAAUCGGAACACGACUACAGAAAAAAGAAAGGCUUGGACGUAGAUGCAUCUUAAAUUAAGAAUAAGCUCAUGAACAUCAAUCUAUCUUCUUAUAAUUGCCUUGCGGAAAUCGAAAUAUUCCAAAUAUUAUAAUUACAGUAUAAAAGAUAGCAUCUAGCAAAAUACUAUUCAGUAUUUUUGAAGCAGAUCAUUCUUAUUCUCUAUGAAACUGUAAAUGUCGAUUUUCCAUGAUUUGAGAUAGUAGUAACUUCCAUUCUUUAAAUUUAUUUAUAUCUAUGAUAGAUUCUUAAUUUAUGUUUUACGAAUAUAUCUCGAUAUAUUUCAACUUGUUAAUAAUUUACGUUUGUUAGAAUUGACGUGUGGUUGUAAUUAACAAUCAUGCGACAGACCAAUAUUAAUAUGCAAGUUUCUGCAUUUGGAUUAUUACUGUGAUGCACUUUUUGAGAUUUUAAUAGAAAAUUAGGGAACCAUGAUGAGCACAUUCCAUUUAGAUAAGAGUAUUUAAUUUAUAUUAUCUGUUCGCAUGUAAAAUGCAGCAAGGUUCGGAUUAGUCAUUAUAUUUCAUUUAAUAUAUAUUUUCUUGGAUCUAGCAUUUUAUCUCGAGAUUACUAAAAUGUUUACAAUUUCAAUGUUCUUAUUCUAAUCCAAACCUUCCUAUACUAAUCAAUUUAAUUUGUUUUUGUAACUACACAUCAAUGUACAUGUUUAAACUUGUAUGUAUGUACAUAUGUACAUUUGAGAAGAAACGUUUAACUACUUACUCUUUAAGUUCUUGUAAAAAUGAAUUUAUCUACAUUGUCAGAGAAAGUAACAGUCGUUUAUAUUAUAUAUAUAUAUAUGAAAUAGAAAAGAAUAGAAAUUAAAAACAGGGAAAAUGGUAUAGACAAACGUUAUAAAUUAUAAAAUUUAUUUUUAUAUUAAUCUUUUCAUUAUAAAGUUUCUUUCUCGAACACCGAAAAGACAGUUGCCGAAAUGAAUGGUGAUAGCAUUCAUGAACGUUCAAUUUCUAUGAAAUUGAUUUUAUAAGUUGUAUAAAAGUUUGUAUAAAAGGCAAUAGUCUUUUCAUACGCAUAAAAAGAAAAUAAAUGUGUAUACAACAACGCAGGCUGAAACAAAGACGGUUUUGUUUCAUAAUUUUGCUCAAGCUUAACCCGCUCCCGUCAAAUUUUCAAAUGUGUAUUUUAAAAAGCGAAUUUCUAAAGAAAAUUUUAAUGCCGUCUGGCCAUCCGUUUGUCCAAUUUCCGUUGUUUCUUCUCGCUCAUCUCAGGUUGUUCGGGAGCUGGAGCAAAGAACCAUGGAGCUAAUAUUUGUUUCCAUAGCAUCCAACCUCCUCUUAGUGGUACCUGUAACAAUACAUUGCUAAUUAUUAGAUAGUAAGAAUUACAAAUCCUAGUAAUAACGUGCUUUAUUGCUUUCAUUUCAACUGAUAGUGUAUAUAACUAAAUCUGCACAAAGAGAGUAUAAGAAUUGAUGAAAAGUUAUCCUGAAAGAUUUUAUAAUUUGUAACAAUGUGUUACUAUUUUAUAUUGAAGUUGUUUUCAUAUACACUUACAAGGAACCACAACAGCCAAAAAUAAUUUGAUAUGAGGGAAAGUACUUGUACUCCUGAUGUUAAUAUGAUUAAAUCUUUUACAUGUCUGAAAUAGGACAGAGAAAUAUUAUUAUAUUCAAGAAACAUAACUUUGAAUGUAAUAAAGUAUUACAUUAUUUCAAGAGAGUA